CAACACUGCACAGUUAUUACAUAAUAGCAGACACUUCAGUAAGUUAACCGGUGUCAGAUGCACACACAGCCGAAAGGAAGAACAAACACAUUCCCAAACUUCUGAGACGACUGACUAGAAACAGAUAUCUUAGAAAGCUGACUUCUAAAGCAAGGAAAUGUUCCUGUACAUUGUAGGUCUCAUAGUCGUCUUCUAUGUCUAUCGGUGGUUGAGAGAACUGGGACGAGUUCCCAAUAAAUCGGAGAAGUUUGUGUACAUCACAGGCUGUGACACGGGGUUUGGGAAUCUCUUGGCCAAACACCUGGACACGAAGGGUUUCCGUGUCAUCGCUGGCUGCUACACGGAGAAGGGAGAAGUUGAGCUGAAGAAGUGCUGCUCUGACAAACUCACAACGCUGCAUUUGGAUGUGACUGAUAAUUAUAGCAUCAAAAAAGCCGCAGAAACCAUUAAAACCCUGGUGGGAGAGAAGGGUCUGUGGGCCGUGGUCAACAACGCUGGGAUCUCCUUCCCAACUGCUCCCAAUGACUGGCUGGAAAUUGAGGACUUCAAACAAAUGAUCAAUGUCAAUCUGAUCGGGGUUGUUGCCAUCACUCUGAGCGUGUUACCGCUCAUUAAGAAGGCCAAGGGCAGAGUGGUCAAUGUGGCCAGUGUGUUUGGAAGGAUUAGUACUCUGGGAGGAGCGUACUGCAUUACUAAGUAUGGAGUAGAGGCUUUUAAUGACAGUCUGAGGAGGAACAUGGCACCGUUUGGAGUGAAGGUUUUAUGCAUUGAACCUGGAUUCUUCAAAACAAGCGUUACUGACUCCACUAUCUUUGAGAGUCAUAUGCAGAGAUUAUGGAAAAAGUUGCCUCAGGAGGUCAAGGAUGAGUACGGCAGUGAUUUCAUAGACAAUACGAAGCUGGCGGUUAAGAAUAAGUUUGAGAAGAUGUUGGAUCCAGAUCUGAUGAAGGUGGUCAGCUGUAUGGAGCAUGCGGUGGCUGCGGUCCAUCCUCGGACCAGAUAUUCUCCAGGCUGGGAUGCCAAGUUCGUCUGGCUGCCUCUCUCCUACAUGCCAACCUUCAUCUCGGAUGCUUUCGUCUUAAAAAAUGCCGUUAAACCAAAAGUGUCUGUUCUGUAAGCAUAAACAGCCAAUUCUCUAUGCUGCAGUCAUGCAGUGUAUGGAUGGAAUAAACCAUUUUUCCACUUUCAGGGGGAAGUAUGGUUAGUAAUGAGCAAAACUUAAAUAUUUUCUUAUUUGAACGAAAAUUCAAUUUAAACUCAAUCUAUUGUUCUAUGGCAUUUAGAUUGUAUAAAUACAUUUAAUAUAGAUAAUCUUGACUUUAACAUCGUUAUGCACUAUUUUGAACACAAGUCCCUCUCAUUUCCAAACGCGGACAUUGCAAAAACUGUAAUUCAACAGCGUGCACAAAAUAUGUGUGCAGAUUACAGUAUGUAUUCUCUAAAUGGAUCAAAUAUGAUAUUCUGAAGAAAAUUGUUAGAACAAAAUAAUUAUCAUCAAUGGAAAUAAAAGGUACCCCACAUGUAAAUCAAUUAAAACGUUAUUGUAAAUUUUUACAAUAUUGAAUAUAAAUAAAAACUAAAUUUUAAAAUGU